AUGACCUACCAUAUCAACAGUGUGCUGAACACUACCGGACUGAAGGAUUGUGAGAUUGAUUUUCGUGGAACGCUCUUGUGGAGCACGAAUGUCUCGUACUGGCUCAAUCAUUCCCUGCCAGUUGGAUACCAGAAUCAAUCCACGGCGUGGGUAUUCGGCGGCAAGAAUAUCCGCUUUGAUGGUCAUGGAUACGGUACUUUCGAUGGCAACGGGCAGACGUGGUACAAUGCCUGUGGAUCCGUAUCCAACUACCCGGGCCGACCCCAUGCGUUGACGGUGACGGGGACGAGUAACUCGGAGUUUACGGGGAUUCGAUUCGUUCAGAGUCAGAUGUGGACACUGUCCAUCAUCCACACCCAGAACACCCUCUUCGACAAUAUCUACGUGAACAGCACCAGUGUCCACGCCUCCUCCCGCAACACCGACGGUGCGGAUACAAUCUACAGCUCCCACAUCACGUUCCGCAACUGGGAAGUCGACAACGGCGACGACAAUAUCAGCAUCAAGGCCAAUUCAACGGAUAUCCUGAUCGAGGACUCUCUCUUCCAUCGGGGCCUUGGAAUUGCAAUUGGGAGUAUUGGUCAGUAUAAGGAUGCCUACGAGACUGUUCAAAGGGUAAGGGUGAGGAAUAUCACGUAUAGUAAGACGCUGCAUGCGGUUUAUUUCAAGACUUGGACCGGGGAACAGGUCAAUUAUCCGCCAAACGGUGGGGCUGGGGGGCUUGGAGUUGCAUCUGAUAUGAUCUUUGAAGAUCUCAAGGCUACCGCAUUGAGGGGACCGGCUAUCGCCAUCUCGCAAUGUACGACGUUCUCGGGGACGGCGGGAAACUGCACCUCCUCCAAGUUCCAGCUUCGCGAUUUGUCGUUCCGCAAUCUGAUUGGGACUACGACUAGCGAAGAUGUGGCUAGCUUGCAGUGUUCUGUCGUGAAGCCUUGCGAGAAUAUCUCCAUCACGGGUGUUGAUCUGGUCGUUAGUGCUAAUGGGACACUGGCUGAUGAAUACCUGUGCGGGAAUGUCGAGGACACUCACGGGUUCAACUGUACGGGGGCCGUGUGUGUUGGUGGGAGUGCGACGGGUGGCUGUUAA